CAUCCCUACAGCAACUGCAUAGCGCAGCGAGGCAAACCAGUAACUUUGUAUCCAACUUCUAAGUUAGACUGCAUCUCUGGGGAAGGCGCAAAGAUAAUUGUGAUUUUAACUGGAACGGAAACAUCUGCUUUAAAGCCAUAUAGUUAACGUUGUUCCUGUAUUUUUAAUUUUAUUUUUACAUUAAAGGGUCUUCCACGAGAAGCAAAAGGGGGGCAAACGCGUAGUAUUGUGUUCAUGCCAUCCAACGGUUGAGGGAGAGACAAGAAAAGCCAGUUGGAGCAAGAUGAGCACCCAGUGGAUUGGCAGACAGACAGAGCUGUAGGGUCAGUAUGGAAGCCUGAACAUUGAGCAACCAGCUCCACAGUCAGCCUAGCCAUGCCCUGCUGCUGAGUGCCCUGGUGACCAGCCCUGGCCUUGGCACCAUGACCAGUCUGAAGCGCCCACCCAUGGAGCGCAUCGUCGGGGGUUCUAUCCCUGCCUCUGACGAGUUCUACACCCGCCACCUUCGCCUGGCCAACGGAGGGGCACGUACAGACAGCGCCCACCUUCAAGUGGGCCUGGGGGUGCCCAAAAUGGGGGUGCGGGCACGGGUUGCCGAAUGGCCCCCGAGGAAGGAUUUGGGAGCUCUGUGGCAAGUUACCACGGAGCCAGACUCCCCAGCCCUGGCCGGAGGGGGGCAGAGCCACCUGAAACUCGGUCACCUGAUGAGCCCCCAGGACUCCUCCAUGCUCCGCAACAUCCAGAACACACUGAAGAGUAAAACCCAGGGGGCCAGCUACAGCCCAGACAGCCACUACCUGUCCCCGGGAGACUACAGAGUCCCAUCCCACAGGAACACCGGCCGCAUCCGCCAGCGCAGCAACAGUGACAUUACCAUCAGUGAGCUGGACGGUGGGUGGGACAGUGGGGAGGACUUGGGCUCCUCAGGGGCCAAGUGGUCCCCUCUACACAGAGAGUAUGGCAGUACCUCCUCUAUAGACCAGCACGGGGCAUCAGGGGAGAGUUUCUUUGAGAUGCUGAAGGGCUACCAGGGAGUGAAGCCUGACCAGCGCAGCCCUGCCCCAGACAGACUAGAGGAUCUGCUGACUGCUGGACUCAAGCAGGCCUCAAUAGAACUACAUGAGGAGACUAGUGAGAACCAGGCAUCCAGCAGAGUCAAGGAGAGAGAGAAGCCCCCAAAGAGACGCUCCAAGUCUGAGACAGGGGGCGAGUCUAUAUUCAGGAAGCUACGCAGCGUGCGGGGGGAAUCUGACUCGCCCCGAGCAGGGUCUGAUGCUGAGGACGGCCGUUCAGACGAUGGGGUCACCCCCCUCAAGCCCUGGGUCUGCCAGAGGGGCUUCUCCCACUACGAUGUGCAGAGCAUGAUGUUUGACCUGAAAAAGGUCAUCCAGAGCAGGCAGACGGCGGCAGUGAAGAGGAAGAACACCACCACGGGGGCAUCUGCUGCAGCUGCAGCCUCCACCACCUCCACCGUGUCCUCCACCCAGAGCCUGGCCUAUUGCUCCCCCACUGGAAGUCAGGAGGAGCUCAGCACCGGGGCCAGGGACAGCCCCAGCAUGGACUGCGGGGAUGAGCAGAGCAAUGAACUGCUCCUCAACUGCCCCUGUUUCUGCAACGAGAUUGGGGCCACCUGCAGGCGCAGGGCAGGGGGCGGUCCCCCCAGACAGGGAAGUGGGGGCUCAGGGACCCUGGGAGGCGAAAACAGACUGUUUGAGUUGUCCCUCAGCUCCCACUGCACUAACGCUGGGGUGGCAGUGCUGGAGGGGCCGAAGGACAACCCCAGUGCCCUCGGGGAUCGGGGCAAACACUACAUCGUAGAACACGUGGACCUGGGAGCCUACUACUACAGGAAGUUCUUCUACCUUAGAGAACACUGGAACUACUUUGGGAUGGACGAGGCUCUGGGUCCGGUGGCUGUGAGUCUGCGCAGGGAGAAACAGGAGGAGCACAAAGAGCACGGCCAGCAGUACAACUACCGGGUCAUCUUCAGAACCUCAGAGUUGACCACACUCCGGGGGUCUAUUCUGGAGGACGUUGUCCCCUCGUCCUCUAAGCAUGGCACUACCCGCGGGCUGCCCCUGAAGGAGGUGUUGGAGCACCUGCUACCAGAGCUGGACGUGCCCUGCCUCCGCCUGGCCCUCAACACGCCCAAGGUCACAGAACAGCUGAUGAAACUGGACGAACAGGGGUUGAGUUUCCAGGUGAAGGUGGGGGUGAUGUACUGCAGGGCGGGGCAGAGCAGUGAGGAGGAGAUGUACAACAAUGAGACGGCGGGCCCUGCCCUGGAAGAGUUCCUACAGCUGCUAGGGGAGAGAGUCCGCCUCAAAGGCUUUACCAAGUACCGCGCCCAGCUUGACAUCAAGACUGAUUCUACUGGAACCCACUCCCUUUACACGGCCUACAGGGACUAUGAGAUCAUGUUCCAUGUGUCUACAAUGCUGCCCUACACACCCAACAACAAACAACAGUUGCUGAGGAAGAGACACAUUGGGAACGACAUCGUCACCAUCGUGUUCCAGGAGCCGGGAGCCCUCCCCUUCACCCCCAAGACCAUCUUCUCCCACUUCCAACACGUGUUCAUCAUCGUCCGCGUACACAGCCCCUGCUCCGACAACACCUGCUACAGAGUGGCUGUGACUCGUUCCAGGGAUGUGCCCUCCUUUGGCCCCCCUAUCCCCAAGGGUGUGACCUUCCCCAAGUCCAGCGUCUUCAGGGACUUCCUGCUGGCCAAGGUCAUCAACGCUGAGAACGCCGCCCACAAGUCUGAGAAGUUCGGAGCCAUGGCGACACGCACGCGACAGGAGUACCUGCGGGACCUGGCAGAACGUCACGUGACCCGCACGCCGGUUGAGCCCACGGGGAAAUUCCCUUUCAUCUCAUUGGCUCACAAGCGGAGAGAGAGGGUUCGGCCAUACAGUGGGGCAGAGCUACGGAGCCUGGGGGCGGUGACAUGGCCGGUGCAUGUAGAGGACCAGGUAGCCGGGGCGGAGAGGGAGUGUCUACUGGCCAUCUCCAACGACUUCCUCAUCCUAUUGGACCAGGAGGCCAAAGCCGUGGUCUUCAACUGCGCCACGCGCGACGUCAUUGGCUGGUCCUCGGGCAGCCCCGCCUCCAUGAAGAUCUACUAUGAGCGUGGAGAGAGUGUGCCGCUGCGCUCCAUCAACAACAACACGGAGGACUUUGGAGAGGUGGUCAAACGCCUGGAGCUUCUGACGAAGGGCAGCCAGACCACAGAGAUGAUCCUGAGGAGGAACGGUCUGGGCCAGCUGGGCUUCCAUGUGAACUUUGAGGGCAUCGUAGCGGAGGUCGAAUCCUACGGGUACGCCUGGCAGGCGGGGCUGCGCCAGGGCAGCAGGCUGGUAGAGAUCUGUAAGGUGGCCGUGGCAUCGCUGUCCCACGAGCAGAUGAUCGACCUGCUGAGGACCUCCGUCACUGUCAAGGUGGUCAUCAUCCCCCCGCACGAGGACUCCACCCCUCGCAGAGGCUGUUCAGAGCUGUACCACAUGCCCCUGGUGGACUAUAAGAACCACAAGGAGGGGAUGCCCUAUGAGUUUAAAUUCCCCUUCCGCAGCAACAACAACAACAAGUGGCCCCGCACCUCCUCCAGCCCCCAGAGCCACACCACAGCGGCGCUGGGGGGGACGCUCAUCAAGGCCCCGGCUUCAGACUAUCAGGACCGGGCCGGAGUCAUCCCCCGCAGUGUGUCCAGCGAUGGGCGCCCUCUCAACCCCAAAAGGUAUUCCCCAGGGAAUGAUAACUAUGCCCUGGCCUGUUCAAUCGUAAUGGGCCGCUCUCCACACACCCGCAACUCCCCCACAAGUCUCUCCUACACAGACACCGGGAGUGCAGGCUCCAACCACUGGAGACAGAAGUCCAUGCCGGACGGGUUUAACAACAAUAACCGCCACUCCCCUGUGUCUGCUGAGCGUCAGGGAGUUGGAGAAGGGUCUAACGGGGCUAAGCCUGCUCCCGGAUGGCCCCGAGAGGGGGAGGGGGCCAACAGGGGAGCCGAUAGAGCCACAACAGACCUAGCUGUCUCCAAGGCUGCAGUACCUCGUUUCCAGGAGCAGGGGGGGCACCUGUCCCCCAACAUUAACAUCAAGGUGGAAACUUCCUAUUCCUCCAGCCAAUCAGGCAGUAACACACUGUCCAGUAACGCCUCCAGCUCCGCCCACAGUGAUGAGAAGUGGUAUGAGAUUGGCUCCAGCAGGACAGGGGUGCGGCCUGACUCAGAGCUCAACGGCUACCUGCAGCGGGAGUCCACAGACAGCGGCAUCGACGCUACCUCUUCCGGGGCCUCAGGGUCCGGGGGCUCCAGGGCCAAAGAGCGGCGGGCCCCAGAGACCUCUCCUUCAGCCCCAGACUCACCCGCCCCCCCAGGGAGCGGCGAGGACCCCGCCCAGAGCCCCCCUAUGUUCCCCUCAGCCCCAGACAGUGGCUCCUACACCCUCAGUGAUGCUGCUUCCCAUUCCAGUACUCUGAGUUCGGGCCACUCAGGCAGUCCCAUGGGUCCAGGCUGCAGCCCCAGCUCCUCCCAGGAGGAGUCAGCCCUGACCACCUCCCCUAUCUCCCACACUUCCCUUUCCCCUGGAGGCCCCAAGAGCUUCUACCCCCGCCAGGGAGCCACCUCCAAGUUCCUUAUCGGCUGGAGGAAACCUGGAGGCACCAUCAACUCUGUGGACUUUGGCAACAUACGCAAACGUCACCAGAGUGAUGGGUUGCUGGGUGGCAACCCUCAGCUCCGGGCCCAACUCAGGGCCCAAUCGCCCCAGCGGGUCAACAAGUCCAACCUGCAGGAAGAACUAAAGAAACUCAUCACCCUGGACAGCCCCCCGCCCUCCUCCCACGAUCAAAAGCCCUCAUUCCCUGUCCCCCCACCCAGCCGGCGCUCCCUGCAGAGGACCCUGUCAGAUGAGAGCAUCUACAGUGGCCAGCGGGAGCCCUCGCACAGUGGGCACAGAGAGACGCCCAACGAGCUGCUCUUCAACUGCUCCACCGUGCCCCGCUCACCCACCACCCGCCACGUGCCACCCCGACAACCCUCACAUAAGUCUCUGGGUGACCUGUGUGAGUUGUCCAGCCAGGACCAGGGGGGCAUGAGGCAGCAGCUGGGGGACUCAGGCCUCAUACCCCUACCUAACUCUGGAGCUGACCGCGCUCUGGACUGGUCCAACCUGGUAGAUGCUGCCAAAGCCUUCGAGGGUAGGCAAAGUCAGAGAUUGUUAUCUGUAAAUGAUGAAAGCUCCAGGCCAGAGGUCACAGACACCAGCCCCCAGCAGGCAGAACCCCAGGCUGCCCCAGAGAGACACCCCUCGCCUGGUGAGAGCCCAGCCUGUCUGAUGGGGAAGGUCAGCCAGCUGGAGUCAAUGGUGAAGCUGCUGCAGGAUGACCUUAUUAAGGAGAAGGAUACCAAGGUGUCCCUGCAGGCCCAGAUACAGAGCCUGAGAGAGCACAACCAGCGGCUCCACGAGGAGUCCUACAGCGCCUCGGCCAAGCUCAAGAAGUUCACAGAGUGGGUGUUCAACACCAUCGACAUGAACUGACUCUGUCUAUGUGCAAUAGACAGGAGGAACACCUGAACACACGUGACCACAACACACUCAAACUUAAACUGAUUCACACGAUGGGUGCUCAGAACCACAGGAGUUGGUCUUUGAUUCGUUCUACAUUAACUGUGAUUCUGCUAUUGACAUGGACCGAUUCACAGUGGAUCUAAAUGCUAUAUGAUCAACAUGAACUGAAUCACUUUGGUCUUCAACGGUCCCAUCAUGAACUGAUCUGCCAAGCUUAUUAUUGUCAUGAUCAUCAUAGCCCAGGGAAGUUAAUACAUCUCUGUCAGACAUGCAGGGACACUACAGUACAGUGCCAGCAAAUCCUAAAGAAAAGAUUGCAUGCUGUUGAUCUCUCAGUCUUUCUCCCUCUCCAUCCUCUCUCUCCUCCUAUAAAACCUCACUGAGCAGUAAGUGGUUGCGGUAUUACACAUCCACUGUGUUGAAGAAUGAUGACAAUUCAUCAUCAACUACAGCUGUUCAACAAUUUAUUUUGUAAAUAUAUAUGAACAGAAAUGUUACCACUGAAAAAAAACGGAUAUCGUUUUGCCACUUCCCCAUGUCUCUCUAUGGAGUGACCUCAUUUCAGGAGAGUAAAAUGGGCUUACUGGAUGCAGUAGUACCAGAUUGUACUAUUGGUUUCUGUGUGAAAACAACUGGGCUGUCUGGGUGGACGACUGGAAGGUGAGGGUUACUGUUCAAUGAACUUCAUAGUGACGAUAUGAAUUCUUCUUGAUCUAUUUUAAUAUCCUACCAGAAUAUUGGUAUGGUUCCUUCCUUGCCUGGCUGCGGUUUUGGAUCCACAGGGCCACCUUGUGAUUAUAACAUGUCAGAUUACAUGGCAAUACGUACUAUACUCGAUCCUGGUCCGCUUCUGUAUGCUAUGCCAUAUAAAGAAGUUAUGUAAAUCCUGAAAUGCCAGUUUACAGUCCUCUGUAAUUCUAUUAGUGAGUCCAACCUGACCAUUGGUCUGCUUAGAAGGGAGACCUGACACCUGUUAAUGGUGCGACUUGGUAGACCCUCCAUGUCUACAGUCAGGUGCACUAUUAAACCUCCAAGCUUUCCCGCGUGUUCUUACACUGUACACCCUGUAUAUAACAAAGGAUUCUGAUGCUCAUCAUACUUUGCACCUUCAUUCAUGUUUUACAGCAUGUGAUGAUCUUUCCUUUGAGCUGUGAUGUAUAAAAAUGUUUAUAUCUAUUAAAGAUAUUUUGUGCAAUUUUA